AUAAGUUGAAAUGAGAUAAGUACAUUUUUUCUCACUCUAACUUAUUGCAUUAGUUCAACAGUGCAGCUUAUAAAGAACAAACUCCAUGUCCGUUACUUUGUAGAUGCGCGAUGGCGACGGCAGCGGCGGUGAGUGAUGACGUUGACCCGUGUUGACAAGAAUGGUUGACAGGAAAGAGAAUAAUCGGACCGGCACAAUCAUACAAACGAAAAUUUAUUGAGAGAAAAAGAGAGAUGUGUCGCAUCUGCGACGAGAUCAAAACAUCGAUCUCAGAUGAUAUGCAUUCACACCGAAAUAACAGACCGGUAAGAGAAAGAAGGAGAGCAUUGAGGUAAAACGACAUAUGGAGCGAUUGUGACUAUUUUACAAGGCGGAUAAUUUUGAGAUCGAAUACUUGACUGUAGUUCGAAGGAGGACGAGGAAUUUCGUGACAUCCAGUCUUAUUUAUACAACGCUUUACUCAUAAUUCCAAUUGUUCCUGGAAGAUACAGAUGUCCAAUGUGCGACAAACAACAGUGGAUAAAUAUCAUAUAUGGAGUAUAAAUUUGUAGUAGAUGGAAUAUUUAUUGUGAGAAUAUCGUAUAUAGCGAAUCCUUGUCAUUAAGUCAAGAGUAUGUCUGUCAACAUGUUGGCAGAACCGAAUGUAAUCAUGGAGUCCACUGAUGCUGCUGAUACAGUACCAUUGAUUGGUUUUAUUACUACAGACGAUGGCCAUACUCUUUUGGCAGUAGCUGAACGUGAAGAUGGCACCUUGGAAAUCAUGACAGCUCCUAUUGCGCUGAUGCCACAAAAUAACAUGAUGUCCUCAACAGUAGUGAAGACUAUGGAUGGCAAUUUUAUUUUAUACCCUUCUAUUUUCCAGUUGAACUUAGAAAGUAUGCCAGGUACUGGAGUGCAACAAACUAAUUUACUGCCAAUGCAGCAAUUUGACAACACACCUGUAGUUGUUGAACAAAUGAAAGUACUUCCGGAUGCAAAUGAUUGUGCUGUCAUGGAACCUUUGUUACCAAUUGGGGAUGAAAGCAAUAUCUUAUCAGAUGAACAUGAACAAAUGACAAUCGAUAUUUACAGUAAAGACGAAUCUGUACCUGUGUUUAUGGCACAGAAUACUUUAAAAAAAUCACUCGGAAGACCAAAAAAAACAGGGGUAACGUCGCAAAAUACACAGCCUCUGAAGUGUGAUAUAUGCAGACAAGAGUUUACUAAGCAGACAUUGUAUCGCAGACAUGUGGAAAAUCACGCCGAAGAAAAGCCACAUAGAUGUCCAAAAUGCCCGGCAUCGUUUAACAUCCCAACGAAUUUCACGCUUCAUAUGGCAACGCAUAAUACCGGCGACCCGAAAUGUCCCGAAUGCGGUAGGAAAUACGCCCGGAUGGCGAGUCUGAAGUCUCAUAUGUUGCUGCACGAGAAGGAGGAGAAUCUCUUCUGUACAGAAUGCGAGGAUGCCUUUUCGACGAAGGCCCAGUUGGACGCGCAUCUGAAGCUUCACGGAGAGAAGUGGGCGAGCGAGGACGUGCGAAAGUGUAAAUUAUGCAACAAACAGUUCGUGCAGCCGGCGCUCUAUCGAGUGCACAUCCGUGGACAUUACAGGCAACAGACGAAGAUAGUGAAGCAAACCAAAAGAGGGACGAAGCAUAAGACGAUGUACAAAUGUACCAUAUGCUUGAAGUCCUUCCAAAAGCCGAGUCAGCUGAUGCGUCAUAUCAGAGUGCACACCGGAGAGAAGCCCUUCAAGUGUACCGUUUGCAGCAGAGCGUUCACGCAAAAGAGUUCGCUGCAGAUCCACGCGUGGCAACACAACGGCAUUCGUCCGCACACUUGCAGUCUCUGCAGUGCCAAGUUUAGUCAGAAAGGGAAUCUAAAGGCGCACAUACUCCGGGUGCAUAAUGCACCAGAAGGUGAGCCCACGUACGCGUGCUCCUACUGUUCAUGCGUCUUCAAAAAGCUCGGCAGCCUGAACGGGCACAUAAAGCGAAUGCAUUCUAAUUCUUCAGAGGAAGCCACUGCCAAGUUCUCGGAAGCUAAUUCCAGCGUCUCGUCCGAAGCCGACAUGCGUGCGACGGUGGACAGCGUAAUAUCGCAAUUGGCGUCUCUGGAAUCCACCGUGAGCAAUACGACCGCCGUUUCCACGACAAGCGAAACGUUGAGCGCGAGACAGAACGAUAUCCUGCAACAGGCGUUGAAGAACAGCGGUCUGCCGAACAAGAAUGAAACCGCUUCGAAAGAAUGCGCAGAGCCGAAGAAAACGAACGCCCGUACGACGUACGUCACACUUCUGGACAAAGCCGGUGGUGGCACCAUGAGAAAGUAUCUCACCAUAAAGCAACACUGCGUAGGAAACGUACGAUGGUACGCGUGCUCGUUCUGUCUGAAGGAAUUCAAGAAGCCGUCGGACUUGAUACGUCAUUUGCGCGUUCACACGCAGGAAAAGCCCUUCAAGUGCAUGUACUGUGUCCGUUCCUUUGCGCUCAAGUCCACGAUGAUAGCGCACGAGCGCACUCACACCGGGGUGAAGAAGUAUGCCUGCAGCUCCUGCGACAAAACGUUCGCGUGCCACAGCAGUCUCACCGCUCAUACGAAAUUACACACGAAGCCGCACAAGUGCAACAUAUGCGACAAGUCGUUCAGCGCCAGUACCAUUCUGAAGACUCACAUGAAGAGUCAUAUGCGAGAGAAAUCCAAGAUAUCGCCCGAGGCGGAGAGCCUUGUGCCGCAAGUGGUCCUGCAGGAGCCGCUCGUCAUCAGCGACGCUGGCAAUCAAAUCAGCGUGGCGCAAGUGCAGUCGAAGCAAAAACAGGUGUACGACGGCAACAGCGUGGCGCGGCCACACAAGUGCUGGGUGUGCCAUGCGGCGUUCAGGAAGAUCAGCCAUUUGAAGCAGCAUUAUCGCAGGCACACGGGUGAACGGCCGUAUAAAUGCGUCAAAUGCGACAGGAGGUUCACGUCCAACAGCGUCCUCAAAUCUCACUUGCAUACGCACGAUGAUUUGAAGCCGUACAUUUGCUCGGUGUGUAACACGAAAUUCUCCACGCAAAGCAGCAUGAAGAGGCACUUGGUCACGCAUAGUAAUAAAAGGCCAUUCAUGUGCCCGUACUGCCACAAAACGUUUAAGACGUACGUCAAUUGUCGGAAGCACAUGAAAAUACAUAAGCACGAGCUGGCGCAACGGCAAUUGGAGGAACAAAAGACGCAAGAGCAGAACGCACAGCAGCCCUUGAGCCAGGAUAAAAGCACCAUUCCGUCGUUGUCGGAAAGCAUCACUCUCACCGAGGACAUGGAAGUAUCGUUUCAGCCGCAAAUGGCACCGGAUUUCACGCAAGCCUUCUCUGAUCAAUUUCAGAGCAUCAGCGAGGAGAAGGAGAAGUCGUUCUUGCUGACGGACAGCGCGACGCCGUCCAUCGUAAAUCAGAAUCUGUCUGUCGAUGCGACUAAUUUAGAAACGUCGCAAACUCUGCACUCUGAUGAAACUGGCGCUAUCGCGUUACCUCAUUACUCAGGGGAUCAAACGCUUACACCGGAAAGUAUUCGAGAGAUCGAAGAGACUCUGAAUCAGCAACUGUUCAAUAUCGGCGUGAACCUCGGGCUGACGAGCAACCUUUCGAGGCCGAUGGACGAGACGAACGGGAAUCCUCUCGACAGUUCGCGAGAGCAACCGGUACUUAAUAUAAUAUACGAGCACAAUAAGGGCCUGGAGUCAUCUGGCAACGCAAUAUUCACGUCGCAUUUCGACUCGUUCGACAUGAGUCAAAUUGCACUUCAGACGGACAAUGACAUAGACAUUGGCCUAAGCGUGAGCAACUCCACGAGCAUGUCCAGUAUUUUAUCAAGAUCCGUGGGAGGGAACGGUGGACAACAAGCGGAAGAGCAACGAACUGCGCCAAUUACGACUGCCAGCGAUAUGGACGCGUCUCUGAUUACGAGAAACACUCAUCUGAUGAUCAUCAAUUCUAAGGAAAACUGUUCAGAAUUGGUCAAGCUCUCGCAAGUAUGCCCGAGGUACUCGAAAGUCAUCGCGAAGGCGGACACUACUAAUGAAUCGGAGAUGCAGAUUGUGAACGGGCAGGAGAAAACACCGCAGGAAAAUAACGCUUUAGCGUGCGAGAGCGAUAGGAGUAGUCUGUCGUUCGCGAAGCCUUUUCAAAGUACGAUACAGUCGGACUCGUUUAUUUCUUCUGGCAUGGAUACCACGGCGACGAUAUCGGAAUGCGCUAACUUGUUGCAGUGUCACAUGUGCGGCAAUCAGGGUUUCACAACCGAAGGGCUGAAGGAACAUCUGAAGUCUCAUCGCGGUGAGAAGGAAUAUCAGUGCUCGGUGUGUCUACAGCGGUUCUGCACAAACAGUGGUCUCAGCAGACACAUGAGGACACAUAUAAACAAACUGUGGAAAUGUACAACGUGUCACAAGGUUCUGGACACCAAGCAACAACUGAAGUUGCAUAAUAAGAUGCACACUGACACGUGGAUCGAGUCCAUGAAACCUGACGGUUCUCAGAAGGAACCGAUUUCGAAUUCCGUUCUUCCUUCAAUAGUGGCGCUCGAUGUCCGAAUAGACGCGGACUCGUCGGUGUCUGAGAAGGUCUUGCUGGACACAGUUGCCGAGAGAAAGAUCAUGGAUUGCGUAGAUGAGAACAUGGAGAAGAAAGAGACAAGAGAGUACACGAACAAAUGCAAAUACUGCCCGAAGACCUUCCGUAAGCCGAGUGACCUCAUCAGGCACAUUCGCACGCACACGGGUGAACGGCCGUUCAAGUGCGAUCACUGCAAUAAAAGUUUCGCGGUCAAGUGCACGUUGGAUUCGCACAUGAAGGUCCACACGGGCAAGAAGACAUUCCGCUGUCACGUGUGCAGUAGUUUGUUCGCUACGAAGGGCAGCUUGAAGGUCCACAUGAGGCUGCAUACUGGCUCGAAGCCGUUCAAGUGUCCCAUGUGCGACUUGCGAUUCCGCACUUCGGGCCACAAGAAGGUGCACAUGCUGAAGCACGCGCGCGAGCACAAAGGUGGCGCGAAACGCAAGCCAAAACACCUGAAAGUUGCAGCAGUGGCAGCGGCAGCGGCCAGCCUCGGCAACAACGUCGAUAACGGCAAUUCUCUGGAUCAUACGAACGUGACGCCAACGACGGCAACGACUACGCCGACGACCAUGACUGUGAUCAGCGACGAGACGGUGGCGGCGGCGGUGGCGCAGCAAAAUCACCUGAGCUACCCCGCGUUGGACACAUCAGUGAGCCUCGACACCACCGCGGUGCUGUCGAAUCAAAUCACGUUCAAUCAGACGGAUGCGACGACAAUACUCAACAACAACGCGAUGCUGUCUGUGAACGAGAGCAACGAGCUCGUGGCGAAUCUGCAGUUCCUACUGGCGAACGGCCUCGUCACCAUUCAGACAGACGACUCGUUGCUGACGACGCAGCCGACGACUGGCGAUCCUGACGGCGCCGGCAUCAUGCCGGCCAACGUCAUCGAAUUGGUCAACCCGAGCCCCUUCCCAGACACCUGCGAACUAAACAACGCUAAUCACAUGGUGAUAACCAGUCCAGUUCAAGUACCCACAACGGAGACGACGAACUCUGACGCGAACGAUGCGGCUGUGAUUCAGAUAAACGACUGUAUGCCCGUAUCUUCUGUGCCCGUGCAAGUGGAUCAAGCUGCGGACGGCAGCAGGGUGUUCAAGGCGAAAAUGAGUCAUGUGACAAGCGGCGGUCUACAAGCAGCGAAAACGGCGCAGUCACGGAAGGAGUGCGACGUGUGCGGCAAGACGUUCACCAAGCCUUGUCAAGUGGAGCGGCACAAACGCAUACACACAGGCGAGCGACCGUACAAGUGCGAGCUCUGCAGCAAGUCGUUCGCGCAGAAGUUCUCGUUACAGCUGCACCAGAAGCACCACACCGGCGACCGACCAUACCCGUGCCCGCACUGCAAGCACUCGUUCACGCAGAAAUGCAAUCUGCAGACGCACCUGAAGCGCGUCCAUCAGCUAGUUAUGUUCGACAUGAAGAAGCUUAGGAGCGGCCAGCAGGUGUUGGGUGCGCUCUUGCAGGAUAAUCAGGGUGACGCGAAGUUAGUGAGCUUGGACGAUAUAUUGGUGGUAGAUUUCUUCAAGUGAAUAUUAAGAGAAAUAAAAAUCAGUCGUUGCGGACAGAUGUUCCUUUCAAGAGAGGGAGAAAGAGAAGAAAAGCGAGCUUGUAAUAUAGUAGUAGCUUGUAAUAUAGAAGCGCUGUAAACAAGAAGAGAUUUCAAGCGCGUUAAGAUGUAUACGACAUGCGUAUAUCAGUGUGACGCUGUUAGAACAAUUCCUGCGUACUCUCGAGGCGUAAUUUAACACUGUUUAUAAUUGACUAUUGUUAUGACAUUUUAUAUUUGCCGACCUACGAGUCGAUACAGUUCGCUGAUUGUGCGUUUCGAACUGGCGCCUCGAUUGCGCGCGUUCUUUCUACUUUAAAUGCUGACACACGCAAAUGACAGUCGCAAUUAUUUAAAAUAAAAACGCGUUGUUAUAUA